GGUUCGGACCAACAUGGCGGCAGUGAGCUGACACUGUCGAGAUCAAACUGAGAGUUUUUAUUAAUAAUUUCAGUUUUAUGAUUAAAUAAAUGAACUCGGAGACAUUUUAUGUUUGUUUUCACUUCGUUAAAACCGGAAGUUUGUCCGGUGUCGGUUGUCUGUCAGGUUCCGGGUGGAACUCACGUGUUCAUUCUCUCACAGCGUCACAGUCAUCACUUCACACGGGCGCAUUUAAGUGUGACACCAGGACAACAUCAGUGAAAGUAAACAUCCGGUCCGACCCCGAUGCCGGCGGCUCCGAGACCAGCAGCACAGGGGCGGAGCAGCAGCAUCAGGCCACGCCCCCUCCCAGCGUGGAGGCAGACCGCCGAGUCGCCCAGCUGAAGAGUCAACUGAGCACGCUCACCAGCUCCCUGUCCACGGUGACGCAGGAGAAGUCUCGGAUGGAGGCGAGUUUCCAAGCCGACAAGCGUCAGCUGAAGCAGGAGGUGGAGGAGCUGCAGGAGCGCCUGAGCAGCAUCGCCACGCAGCAGGAGGCGGAGCUUCGCGCCCUGCAGCAGCAGUUGGCCGAGAGCCGCGCUCGCAUCAUCACGCAGCAGCACGAGAGGGAGCAGGAGCAGGGAGACCACGUCCAGCAGCUGCGAGAGCUGCAGAAGAUCCUGCAGCAGGAGAGAGACCUGCGACAGGACGCUGAGCUCCGCCUACAGGACGCCAACGCCACACUCCUCGUGACAUCACAGGCGGUGGACCGGGGGGCGGAGUCUGAGGCUCACCUGAACAAAGUGAGGGAGGAAAGAGACGAGCUGAGGAGGAGGCUGCAGGUCGCCGAGGAGGACCAGAAGAAACCAGAUCCCAGAGUGAACGAACUGCAGCGAGAACUGACGGAGCUGAAAAACCACUUCCAGCAGCAGAUCUACAUCGAGACCAGGAAGGCGUGCGACGCAGAGACUCGCUCUCGUGAGCGAGCGCAGGCUGCCGAGCUGAGGGUGGCGGGUCUGGAGCAGAGAGUCUCUGAGCUGUCAGAGCUGCUGGGUUCCUCUGAGAAGACGAAGCAGAGAGACCAGCAGACGGCUCAGAGACUCAGAGACCGGAUCAUGCAGCUCGACACGGAGAACAAAACGCUGGCCAUCGCCGCCUCCAGCAGGACGGCGUCUGACCUGAACGUGGACGAGUCGCAUCUGGACGUCAGCGUGCUGAAGGAGAAGCUGGAGAAGGUGAAGAAGCUUCUGAUGCUGGCGGCUCAGAGGAACCCGGACCAGAACAUCCAGAACCUGGCAGAGACCGAGGCGGAGCUGGGCGGAGACAAAGGCUCGGCGCUGGCGUACCAGCAGGAGCUGCGGCAGCUGAAGGACGAGUUUGAGCGCUACAAGCUGCGAGCGCAGGUGGUGCUGAAGAACAAGAACGUGAAGGACGGCUGCCAGGCGAAGGAGCUGGAGGAGGUCCGGGACCAGCUGGCGGAGCUGAAGGAGAAGUACAUCAACCUGCGGAUCCAGAGCGACGAGGCCGAGACCCAGCACCGCCGCGAGCUGGAGGAGCGGCAGCAGCAGGCGGCGGCGCUGCAGCAGACUCACAGACAGGAAGUGGAGAGGUUGGAGAUGCUGCACCGCGACGACCUGCUGCGUCUGGAGGCGGAGCUUCACAAGCAGCGAGAGAGGACGAUGGCGCUGCUGGACGAGAAGGACCAGGAGCUGGAGAGGCUGCGGGCCGCCGCGCACAGCUGCAGCAGCGACGCAGACAGCAAGGUCGACGACGGGCACGAGUCCGGCCCGGAGAGCGAGGGCGACAUCAUCAGCCAGGCCCUGCGGCGGGCGGCGCCCAACGAGCCCACGCUGCUGCUGUACGCCGAGCAGCUGGCCCGGAAGGAGGUGGAGGUGGGCGGACUGCGGCGGCAGAAACACCGACUGGAGGACGACCUCCACCAGCUGCAGGCGAGGCUCAUCGCCAACGGAGAGCGCCACGAGGAGGAGGAGGCGGAGCUGCGAGGACAACUCGACAAACUGAUGAGAGAUCAGAGCCGAGAGGGCGCCAACAUGGAGUACCUGAAGAACGUCAUCUACAAGUUCCUGACGCUGCACGACGCCAGCGGGAGGCAGCAGACGCUCUCCGCCAUCCUGACCAUCCUGCACUUCAGCCCGCAGGAGAAACACAACGUCCUGAGGCUGCAGGCGGCGAGCUGGUGGACCGCCGGCAAGAGGUCGUAAAAACACCUGAAGACGAGUUAAAGAACGGGACUGUGUCCUGAGGAAUCAUCGGAUGUUUAAAUUGAUAGAAAAAGCGAAUGGAGUCUGGUUUCUAUCUGAACUGUAUAUAAGAAUAUAUUAACAAUUAUAAGACAGAGUGUCACUGUGAGUAAAGGAAGUGAAAGCUAAUGAAGUUAUUGAUCACUAAUAUGUAUAUUUUUGAUUCCCUUGUUGAAAUUAAACUAUUUUUCCUGCUUCACAAA